AUGCUACUCAGAGGGGUGUCCCGAGUUUCGGCUCUCGUCGGCCUCGUCGUCUUCGGUUUGGUCAUUUCCACAGGAUUUUACGAUCAACUGUUUCUCGCGUUGUCAUUGAGGGGUGCACAAUGGGCACAGUGUCUGAGUAAACUGUCAUCGACUGGAACCAAAACAAUGGUGGCACAAUCUCAUACAGAGGUGUUCUCCAGGACAACUAGAACUAGCCAAUACUUUCCCAUCGAGUUUGGCGAGGAGGAAGCAAUGAACCCCAGCAUAAUUCCACACCCUUCACUGGCUGAUACCUGGAUAAUCACUGCACAGCGCCGACCGACCUCCGGAAGACCAUCUAUCUGGUUCUCUGAACUUGUUUGUGAGGCAAAGCUCAAAGAUGGCAAGCUGAGUUGCAUCAAGGCUCCAUCGAUCCUACCGAUCGCUGCUACAAUCGGCGACAAUUGUGUUGGUGACCUGGAUUUCUUUGGUCUCAACAUUGGGCCACACGACGCCCGAGUCUUCUAUGGUCCACAAAACCCAUAUGCUAUCUACGGGUCGAAUUCUGGUUAUACUUGCUUUGGUCAGUGGAUCCAGGAUUUCAGGGUGCUUGUGGACUGGGAGAUGGAGCUGCACAUCAAGUCAAACUUCAGACUCGGCACCGAGCUUACACGGCCACCUCCAUUCAGCGCUGUUGAGAAGAACUGGUUCCUCUUCUGGGACAAAGACGGAGACACCUACGUCCAUUACGACAUUUUCCCACAGCGAAGUUUCGCCAAAUUGAACAGCGAUGGAUCGGUCGGCCUAGAUCUGGCACCUCUAGCAGCAGGAGCCGGUGAUCACAGCUGCAUGACUAGAAUGAUGCCAGAGCUUGCUCCUAGCCUUGAGUCUAUCCAUCAGGCCACCAACAGUCUUUCGAUCACGCUUUGUGACCGGUCUGAUGAUUCAUGCCAGCCAAACGACUCAAACACCUACAUCAUGACGAUAUUCCAGCACAAGAGCUUCUACUACUACCACAGUGUGUACGAACCAUACGUCAUGCUGUUCAAACGCAACUCCCCAUUUGAGAUCCAGGGUAUCUCUUCGAAACCGAUAUGGAUACGUGGUCGAGCAGGGGCAGGUGAGGCCAAGAGGCCGCCUGGAGCGGAAUACGAGAAAUUAGAUUCUUGGAACCAGACUGAGAUGAUCUAUGUCACAUCAAUGAGUUGGAAAGAACAAGGCCAAAAAUAUCAUGGGUAUUUGGAUGAUGUACUCUUCCUUGCGUUUGGGAUCGAGGACGAGCGAACUGGCGGAAUUGACAUCCUCGCGGGUGAUCUAGUGCGGGAUAUUGAGACCUGCUCCACUAGUUGA